AGUUAAGUCGUUCUUAGACAAGAGCCGACAAUGAGUCAACCACAGCCGAUAAUCACGGAAGAGCCGCAGCCACAGGCGCCACCCGGAUUUGAUCAGCCUCUCCCAGGGCAAUAUCCCCAAGAUUAUCCCCCUCCGGUACAGCCGGUGAUGCAGCAAGGUCAGCCAAUGAUGCAGCAAGGUCAGCCAAUGAUGCAGCAAGGUCAGCCAAUGAUGCAGCAAGGUCAGCCAAUGAUGCAGCAAGGUCAGCCAAUGAUGCAGCAAGGUCAGCCAAUGAUGCAGCAAGGUCAGCCAAUGAUGCAGCAAGGUCAGCCAAUGAUGCAGCAAGGUCAACCAAUGAUACAGCCGGCUCACAUGAUACCAAUGCAGUCCCAACCUUCCAACACUACGAACGUGGUAAUGAUUAACCAGCAAUCUGCUGCCCCUACUGCCCCACGAGAGUGGAGUACGGGAUUGUGUGGCUGCUGCGACGACUGUGGCACUUGUUGUUAUGCGAUUUUCUGUGGAGGAUUGUUGUUGGCUAACAUUGCUGAACGUCUUGGAGAGGGCAGCUGCUUUGCCUUUUGUUGCCGCAAUGCUCUCCUUAGCCUCAGGAUAAAAUUCAGAACAGAGCAAAACAUCCAGGGUUCACUGUGGGAUGACAACGUUGAAGUUAACUGUUGCUACUAUUGCGUCCUCUGUCAGCUAGCGAGGGAGCUUGACCACGUUCAACGCAUUCAAACACGCUAGCGUCACGUUACAAGAUAUUUGAUUUAUCGGGAAAAAAGGAGUUUAUUAUCAAAUUUUUUAAAACGAUAAUAGUAAAAUUCUAAAGUAUCUUUGUGGAAGUUUUGAAUGUGUCUAGCCUAAUAUAUAAUUAAUAACGAGGCUGUUACUGACACACACUUCUUUGCGGUAAAAAUGCAUAGUUUCAAAAAUGUAUAUCUUAAUCAAGGGUAAACUUUACAAAACUCUACAAAACUUUGUAGUUUUACUCUGAUAGUAGCUAUGUGAUGAAUUUGAUCGUAGUAAUCUUCUUUUUCCGAUAAAUCAAUUAGGGAGCGUAGCUGAGCGUCAUAAUGGUCAAUUAGUGACUCAUUAGUCCUGUACAGUGGAUUCAUGUACAGUCUUUAUGUAGCGGCCUACUUCCGGUAGAGCACGUGAUUGCCACGUGCCCGCGCGUGCCAGUAAUUUUACUGACCUCAAGGGCACACAACACACAGUUGUGAACAUUGUUUGAGUCCACAUUAGUUUGAGUUCUUUAGAAGACUCACUGAAGUUACGCAGCAACAACAAGCUUUAUUUCUUGCCUUUGAAUUGGGAUUCAUGUGGAUUUAGUGUAAUUCAUGCAGUAGAAGUUGAAAUGUAUGGAUAAUUCGCAUGUAAAGGAAAUAAAUUCGUCAACUCAGUGAAA